UUAUAUAAAGUCCAUUCCCGCCGCCUCGACUUUUUCGGUUCGUCGCGGCCCAACUCGUGUGAGACUCCCGCUGCUCCGUCUGCUGCUGCAAUGGCCAAACCCAGAGUGUUCUUCGACAUCACCGCCGAUGGCUCGCCCAUCGGCCGGAUCGUCAUGGAGCUCCGCGCCGACGUCGUGCCCAAGACGGCGGAGAACUUCCGCGCCCUCUGCACCGGCGAGAAGGGCUUCGGCUACAAGGGCUGCAGCUUCCACCGCGUCAUCACCAACUUCAUGUGCCAGGGCGGCGACUUCACCAACCACAACGGAACCGGUGGAAAAUCCAUCUAUGGCAACAAGUUCGCCGACGAGAACUUCACCCUGAAGCACACCGGCCCCGGCACCCUGUCCAUGGCCAACGCCGGGCCCAACACCAACGGGUCCCAGUUCUUCCUGUGCACGGUCAAAACUGCAUGGCUGGACGGGAAGCACGUCGUGUUCGGCACCGUGGUGGACGGGAUGAAAGUGGUGGAGAAGAUGGAGUCGUACGGAUCCAGCGGCGGCAAAACCUCCAAAAAGAUAGUCAUCGCCGACUGUGGGCAGCUCUGAGUUCAGCACUAAACCCCUUCUACUCCCCCUGUAGCCACGCCCCUUUAGGCUCCAGCCCCUCCCCCUCGCCAUUCAACAUUCCUAUUGAUGGAGAUACAACGACCCCCCGUUCUGUGAUGAAAUCAUGUUGCUGCAUUUGUGACUUUGCCUUUGAAAGUUUCUUUUGCAUUUGCUGAUUUUUUUUUUUCCUUCUUCCCACAAAGUCUCACCGUUUUUCUUUUCUUUCUUUUUUUGUUAAAUACAAAAUGACGAAGAAAAUAAAACAAAAUAUGCCUUGA